AUGAAGACAGUUCUGUCCGUCGCUUUCCUCGUCGUGGCUCUUUGCCUGGUGUGUGAUGCUGUGGAAGUUAAGGAAGGUGAUUUUUCCUUUACAUUGGAGUCGGUGAGAAUUCUCCAGCAGCUGGCUGAGCAACCGAAGACACAAAACCCUCGGCUGGCCAAGACGAGCUACUAUUCUGUGUGUUCCAAUCCAAGCCUGCCACAAGAGUUUGUUCCCUUGUGCAUGCAGAGAGGAGCUACAAUGUCCUUUGCUAGGCUAGCAUCUGUGCCUGUGGACGUCUGUGAAAUAUGUGCUUUCGCGGCUUGCACCGGCUGCUAA